GAAUGAAGUGGUGAGGACGGGUGGGUGGGGAGGCGGGGAACUGCAAUUAAAUUAAAUUAAAUCUGCAAUCUGAAAGAAAACUGGAAUGGGAAAUUGAAUAAACUUUGAAAUUGAAAAACUAAAAAGAAAAAUCCUAUUACAUACUAAACACUGUUAAAUUUGUCAUUGAGAAUAGUGUUGUGGAGUAUGUUAUGUUCCGUUGCGGAAUAAAAAGAUUAUAUAAUGUUCGAUUAUGAGUGAUAAGCUUAGGUACCUGAUAAAAUAAUAAAGACAACAAUAUUGUUUAUUUAAGUAUUUCCAGUUGUUAUAGAAGGAUGCUGAUAAAACUGACAAUAUCGAAGUUGGGUGCCGCGAAGGUAGCAUUAAACGGAACACCAGUGAGAUACUUAUCAGCUGCAAUGGAUAAAGGAAAUAAUUUCUUUUUCAGGCAGCUUUUUGACACAGUGAGUAGCACAUACACAUAUCUCCUGGGAGAUACGAAGACUCGCGAAGCAGUGCUGAUAGACCCUGUGUUGGAGCACGCGCAGCGCGACGCUGAUCUCGUCAACCAGCUUGGCUUCAGCUUGAUAUACGCCUUGAACACGCACAUGCACGCGGACCACAUCACAGGCACGGGCAAGCUGAAGGCCCUCCUGCCCGGCGCCCGCAGCGGCAUCGGCAAGGCGUCCGGGGCGCAGGCUGACGUCUACCUGGAGGAGGGACAGGUGGUCACCUUCGGCUGCCACCAGCUGCUGGCCGCAUCGACCCCCGGACAUACUAACGGAUGCAUGACAUAUAUCUGUCAUGAACAGGGCAUAGCAUUCACUGGGGAUACUCUCCUAAUCAGAGGAUGUGGCCGUACCGACUUCCAAGAAGGCUCGUCGGAAGCCCUCUACAACUCAGUCCACAAGAAGAUCUUCACGCUCCCGGAUUACUACACCUUGUACCCGGCUCACGACUAUAAGGGUCAAACGGCCACCACGGUGGCAGAAGAGAAGAAAUAUAACCCUAGGUUGACCAAGCCGUUGGAUGAAUUUGUAGACAUUAUGAAGAAUUUGAAUCUACCAUACCCGAAGAUGAUUGAUAAGGCGAUACCAGCGAACAAAGUAUGCGGUCUAUUUUGAUCUAGACUCAGCACUGCAGAACAUUACCAAACUCAAUUAGUGUAAUUAAAUAGAGAUUUAUUCAGAAUGAUUUCUUUAGAACAAGUUUAUUUUUAUAUAAAUCAGAUGGGAAAUAAUUUAAGAAACUGCUAAAUGAUAUGAAUACCGAAAGAUAGAUUUUUCAUAAUACAAAAUAUAGGGUCAUAUACAUUACGCGGUUUUCAUGCGUAUUAAUUACAACAUGAAAGCCAGGAGGACCAGGUGAUAAAUUUGACGCACUCAAAAAUACCCACGCAACUUGACUAUUUUAACAUCUAAUGUGUAAUGAAUAAUAUAUGAAUAAUAAUUUUGCCUAAAACUAGAUAUAAGAAUGUCAGGUUUCUCCCCGACCGACACCUCUCAAUUAUCCAUUAUUGAAAAUUGAAUGUAGAAAAAAAUAUUCUCAGCAAUUUAUUUUUCGUUCAAACUUGUGUUCGGUAUUGAUAUCUUACUUGCAGUAUAAUUAAGAUGAUAUUGUCUGUGAUAUAUAGACUGUGCAACAAAUAUUCCCGAGAAAAAAUAUGUUAUUAAUAUUUUUUGUAACCUAGUUAAAGUAUUUUUUAUUAACUUGUAUUAUUAAUUUGUUGUAAGAUUGAACUAAUUUUUUAUGUAUAUUUUGUUAGUAAAAUAAACAAUGAACACUUUUAUUCAUAG